UCCAAUGAGUUCUCAGGCCUUUGGCUGAAUGUGAGCAGAUAAUAUUGCCUAAAACACUUCAGAAUUCAUCGUGCUGCUUUGUCAGCAGUCACAUCAUCAAUACAUACAAGAGAACCAGUUCCACUGGCAGCCAUACAUGCCCACGCCAUGACACUUCCAGCACCAUGCUUCACUGAUGAGGUGGUAUGCUUAGGAUCAUGAGCAGUUCCUUUCCAUCUCCAUACUCUUCUCUUCCCCUCACCCUGGUACAAGUUGAUCUUGGUCUCAUCUGUCCAUAGGAUGUUGUUCCAUAACUGUGAAGGCUUUUUUAGAUGUUGUUUGGCAAACUAAUCUGGCCUUCCUGUUUUUGGGGCUCACCAGUGGUUUACAUCUUGUGGUGAACCCUCUGUAUUCAUACUGGUGGAGUCUUCUCUUGAUUGUUGACUUUGACACAGAUACACCUACCUCCUGGAGAGUGUUCUUGAUCUGGCCAACUGUUGUGAAGGGUGUUUUUUCUUCACCAGGUAAAGGAUUCUUUGGUCAUCCACCACAGUUGUUUUCCGUGGUCUUCUGGUGUUGCUGAGCUCACCGGUGCGUUCCUACUUUUUGAGAAUGUUCCAAACUGUUGUUUUGGCCACGCCUAAUGUUUUUGCUAUCUCUCUGAUAGGUUUAUUUUGUUUUUUUCAGCCUAAUGAUGGCUUGCUGCACUGAUGGUGACAGCUCUUUGGAUCUCAUCUUGACAGUUGACAGCAACAGAUUCCAAAUGCAAAUAGCACACUUGAAAUGAACUCUGGACCUUUUAUCUGCUCAUUGUAAUUGGGAUAAUGAGGGAAUAACGCACACCUGGCCAUGGAACAGCUGAGGAGCCAAUUGUCCCAUUACUUUUGGUCCCUUAACAAGUGGGAGGCACAUAUGCAAACUGUUGUAAUUCCUACACCGUUCACCUGAUUUGGAUGUAAAUACCCUCAAAUAAAAGCUGACAGUUUGCAGUUAAAGCAAAUCUUUUUUGUUUCAUUUGAUAUCCAUUGUGGUGGUGUAUAGAGCCAAAAAUGUUAGCAUUGUGUCGAUGUCCCAAUAUUUAUGGACCUGACUGUAUUUGGGUUUACACGGAGCAGAAGGACGGAGUGCGUUCAGGCCACGGGUGAAAUGUUCUUAUUAAGUGGAAUUAUUUAAUUAUAAUGUUCUAGACACACUGGUCAGGUUGUUUAGAAUGGUACUUGAAGUGCAAUACACACACAUGCAUACACACAUUCUGCAUUAUGACGCAGGGGGACAAAAUAGCUUUAUUUCAGGUUUUUAAAUUUUUGUUAACAUUUUAUAUAUAUACAUAUAUAUACAUAUAUAUAUAUAUACAUAUAUAUAUAUAAAGCCAACUGUUGCCUCGUCUGCUUUACGAGUACUCCUCAUCCACCCAUCCUGAUUCAAGCUGGCUCUGCAGCUGCUCCUUUCAUCCAGAGCAGAUGAAGCAGGUUAUUCAGUUGCUGUUGGCCGGUAGAGUGAAAAUCUCAACAGGUGACUAAAUAAUAGCAUAUGCAACUACAUGCAUAUGCAUUAAAGAUAACACACCCCAGCCCCAGUUUCUCUUUUUACCAGGGCACAGCAAAUGCUGUCCAACAACUGAUACCCAUGAAAUAUCAAUGUUUCUGUGUAGCACCUGUAAUGCACUCACGCACCACCAGGGGCAUGCGUACCGCAGGCUGAGAAUCACUGGUAUAAAACACAAAUCUCAUGAAUAUAAAUACACAAAAUGUAACAUUAUGAAUAAACACAGUGAAUAUGAAUACAUAUACGUAUACAGCACAAAUGUAAUAGGCCAAAUCAAUUUAAAGUAAAAAGCACGUUAUUAUUAUUAUUAUUAUUAUUACUUAAUUACUAUCACCAAGUGUGCAUUUAUCCUGGACAGGUUUCACCCGACCUGAUAGAUCCAUGUCUGUUCAUCCUGGACGCUCUUGUUUUGGAUUCAUUGAGCUCAGCUCAGUCACUAAUCCCGGAUUUCUUAAUCCCAGUUUUGUUCCGCGGGCUCCUGUUGAUGGAACCGUUUUUCCAUACAUCGCUGAGCCACAGAUUGUAACACCAGUCCUUUAGACAAGCUCUGGUCCUUUGUCCUCUGGAGGACACGUGUCCAUGUGGGUUCAUCUGAGCAGUAAUGGUUAGAGUUGGUGCAGCUGAGCAUAACCAUCUGGGUUAAUGAGGACACAGAGGGUAAACGUCAUGGAUCAGAAGUGAAGACGCUACAGCCUGGAGCUGGACGUGGACGCAGGUCAGCAAACCACCAGACUCUUUACUCUAGUGGAAACCAGUAAAAUCAUGUUCUAGAGUCUUGGGUCUGGGAUCUUCACACCACCAGAGUUAGAUGGUCUUCAUCAGCAGGAGUCAAAGAUGUCGUGGUGCUCGUCGUUCCACCGGUCAAAGUUUCGUCACGUCUUCGGAAAGUCGUCCUCCAAGGACCACAGUUACAACAGGGUGCCAAUCACAAGGAGCGUCCAUGACAACCACUACUGCUCGGCCAAUCCCAGCUUCAUCGCCGUGGUGACAGAGUGUGCCGGGGGCGGGUCAUUUUUAGUCCUGCCGGUCCACCAUGUAUGCAGGUUGGAACCGCACCACCCGAGGGUCUGCGGUCACAGCGGCAGAGUUCUGGACGUGAAGUGGAACCCAUUUGACGAUCACUGCAUUGCGUCGUGUUCAGAGGACUGCACCGUGAAGAUUUGGGACAUUCCGAUCUGUGGAGUCCAACAGAACAUCAACAAGGCCCGGAAGACUCUGAUUGGUCACUGCAGGAGGGUUGCCAUCAUUGAGUGGCAUCCGACAGCUGUGAACCUGCUGCUAAGCUCCGCCUACGACUGCAAGGUUCUUCUGUGGGACGUGUCCCAGGCUGGAGCUGUAAUCAGACAGCCGGUCCGGGUGGUUCUGACUCCUGUCCAUUACCGCUACCCCUCAGAGGCGCUGCUGCUGUCUGUCAGCUUCAACAAGGAUGGCAGCAGGCUGGCAGUCACGUCCAAGGACAGGCGGGUUCGGGUCCUUGACCCACGGGCUGGGAAGAUUUUACAGGUGUCCAGCAGUAAGACACACAGGGCCAACAAGGUUUUAUACAUUGGAGGGCUGAAGAUGCUUUUGUCCACUGGAAGUUCUCCAUGGAACCACAGACAAAUUGUCCUCUGGGACCCGGAGGACCUGUCUGAACCUCUGUAUGAGGAGGACUUGGAUGGAUCAGCAGGAGUUCUCUUCCCGUUCUACGACCCGGACACACAGAUGCUCUACUUGGCUGGAAAGGGUGAUGGAACCAUCAGGUGCUACGAGCUGAGCUCUGAGAAACCUUACAUCAGCUUCCUGACGGAGUACAGGUCCCCGCUACCCCAGAAAGGACUUGGAGUCAUGCCAAAGCGCGGUCUGGAUGUUAGGUCAUGUGAGGUUUUCCGGUUUUAUCGUCUGGUUGCUGUCAGUGAUCUGGUGGAACCGCUGUCCAUGUUCGUACCAAGAAAAGAGUCAGGAGUCUUCCAGGAGGACCUGUAUCCUAUGACGGCAGGAAACCAGGCGGCGCUGACGGCUCAGGAGUGGCUUCAGGGCAUUGAUAGAGACCCGGUUCUGAUGUCCCUGAAGCCCGAAGCCCGUGUAGAGAACCCAUACGGGGAGGUCUCUCCAGACAAGACCCAGUUGGGCCAGCUGAGCUCCCUCAGGGUCCAGACAGGCCCAGUUGGUGGUCCAGUGACCAACUCGUACCAGUACCGUGUAGAAAAGGACUUCCUGCGGGAGCAGCUGGCCUAUCAGGAUGCCAAAUACUCCUUUAAUGUCAGCGACCUGUCGGGGUGGCAGCCCGAUGAGACCCAGAGUCCCCUCAUGGCCUACUGCUGCACCCCCCACUGCUGCGAACCAGAGGAGAACCCCCCACCCAAAGCUGAGACAGAGCUCCUGAAGGCUUUUUACAGACAGCAGGAGGAGAUCAGAGACCUGAAGGAGGAGCUGCAGCACAGAGACAUGAGGAUUGCUCAGCUGGAGCAGCAGAUGAAGACCAGAGUGAGGACCGCACUCUGACUCUUUCCGUUUAAGACCUGGAGAAGACUCACUGUAGUGUGUGAAGGGUGGAAAACACGACGUCUAACUGGUUAAACUGAGAUCAGUUUUCUGAGAUAAGCCAGAUUCUUACUGGUGCUUUUAUUCUUUAGCUCUUUUAGAGGAUCUGAGGCACUGAUGUUGUAUUUUAUACACAACAGAUUCAUCUGAAACUGGUAUUUUAAAGUUAAAACUGAUAAAAAAAAAACUGAUUCAAAACAUAAAACUCAUGUUAAAGGGACACUUUGCAACUUUUCAUAUUUUUAAAUCCUGUUUUUGAGCCAGUGUGUGCUAAAAUGACCCCUUUACAGGGUUAAUGAAAAGCCACCCAGUCCCUAUCAUCCCAGCGGCCAGAAUAUUCCACUUGCAACUUCAGACUGGUGGGCCGCUCUGUUUGGACUUACUUCACGCUGUUAAAUCAAGGGGUUAAAAAGACGAAUAUACAGGGCAGGGGCGUGUCCAGGGAGUGGCCUGGGGUAGCACAUGCCACCCUUGGAAUCUGAUUGGCCACCCCAGGUGCCACCACACUAAUUUACCUUCAAACAGGCUUUUCAUUGUCCACUAGGCUCGGGGGUAAAACAAAAGAAGCAUAACCAUUGGUGCCACCCAUGCAAAAAGUUGUGCCUCACCUGGGCCACCCCAUUUUUAAAGAUCUGGACACGCCACUGGCACAGGGAGGAGAUAGGUUCUACUUUCAGUUCUACAAAUGGACACUAAGGGGUGCUAAAAGCAAGCUAAACUGCCUAGUUCCCCUUUUAAAACUCCCGAGUGGAUCAGAUGAUUCUGAAUACUUAUGCAAAGCAGGAUAAUUACACAGUAGUCUGCUGCCCUCUAGUGGACAGACUCAAAAAGAGAAUUUCUGAUGCUUUUUUUAUUCUGCUGCUCAUAGAAAAACAUUUAAGACAUUAAAAAUAAACAAUGAUAGAAAAAAUGUUUUAACUUACUUUUAAACUAACUUUAACAGACAGAUGGCAUCUUUUUAGCUCCAAUUUGAAUCCUGAUGUUCUGCUUUGGGAGUAAAAAGUUUAAACUGGGUAAGUAUAUGUGUUUAUAUCUGGGUCUGACCGCGGAAAGCAGUUUCUUUAAAAUGUCGAUAUCUUAAAUGUCAAAAUAAUGUAAUUGCUGCUGUUAUGUCAAAAAUUCCCCACCAAGGGGCAAUAAAGAGAUUUUAUAGUCAGAAAAAUGAAACCAAAUACGGGGAAGAAAAAGACACCAAGAGGAAAAUGUUAAGAUUUUAUUUACAAAGUUAAUUUUGUAUGUUCAGAAUGUAUUUAACUUACUGAGUAGAAAAACAAGCCAACAAAAACAAACAACUUCGUCUAGUCACCGUGUGCGUUUGUGUUCCUGGACAAACACACAAGUUAACAAAAAAAAACAUCUGAAAAAAUAAUUUUAAAAAACUCUGCUGGCAAAAAACUGAACAAAAACAAGUUUGCCCUGAGCUGGAGCCAUAGGGGAGGGGCUCUGGGAGGGGGCGGGGCUUCCAGACAACAAAAAGCAGGAUCUCAGCAUCCAUGGAUGGAGCCGCAUCCAGUUUCUUCCAAAAAAAACAAACCAAAAAAAAAAAAAAAAAACUUUGUCAUGU